AUGCCCUUCCGAGAUGCUGGUGUUGGACAGCCUAUGCCGAUUCCAGCUUUGGCUACAGCUCUUGCAAAUGCUACACCUGAACAGCAGAGGACGAUGCUUGGUGAAAGCUUGUAUCCCCUAGUGGAACGGCUGGAGCGUGAUUCAGCAGCCAAGGUUACAGGCAUGCUUCUAGAGAUGGACCAAACUGAGGUUUUGCAUCUCCUGGAAUCGCCAGAAGCUUUGAAGGCUAAAGUAGCAGAGGCCUUGGAGGUAUUGAGGAGUGUUGCUGCUCAGCAACAGGCCAACAGUCCUGCUGACCAAUUGGCUUCACUAUCCCUGAAUGAUAACCUUGUCUCUUGAGAGACUGAAAAUUUCGGUCUAGUAUCUUGGCAGAGGAGUUACUAGACCUUUAUUUGUCAACACUGGGCAAUCUUAUUAGUUUGGAAUAUUUAUAUAUGGUAUGUUUUUGGUGGUCAUAGGAUUUUUGAUACUUGACUAGAACAUGGAUUGUUUUGGCUUGAUUGUUUUUUUUUUAAAGUUAUUUAGUUUACUUGGCUUGUUAUUGAGAACUAUAAGUUUGUUUAAUGUUAUUGAAAGUUUGUUUUAGAACAA